CUCAGUGCAAUACUCAUCUUCUCCACUUCUCUGCCCACGGGGGAUUUCCAGCCUAUGUGCCUGGGAAUAAUCAUGUUUCUCGAGUGUGUGGGUCGUGUGGAGCCGUGACAGCUCCUUGCCCAGGGAGGGUAACCUGCCUGUCACCCGCUUUCAGCAUGGGAUGUGCGAUGCUGGAUGACACGGCAGAAGCAUGCGGUAUUGAGGCCACGCUCAGCGCUGGGGGCAGGAGGAUGGGAAUUCAUUAUUGGUGCUGUGUCUCUUUUAAUCAGGAGGCAGGUGGUGCUUCUCCUUGGUCCAGGAACGGGGUUGCGUUAAAGAGAGACUGCAAUGCCAGCAUCCCAGCCGCGGUCCAGGGCAAGAGACAGGAACAAUGUCCUCAACAGGGCUGAGUUCCUCUCCCUGAAUCAGCCCUUGAAGGGGAACCAGGAGAACAGGAGCUCCGGCAAGAAGCAGAGCAGCCAGGCCGGAGGAGCUGGUACCCAGAGCAGCAAUCCCAAGGAGCGGAGGCAGUCGCAGCAGCUACCCGAAGAGGACUGCAUGCAGCUCAACCCCUCCUUCAAGGGAAUCGCCUUCAACUCCCUGCUGGCCAUCGAUAUCUGCAUAUCCAAGAGGCUGGGGGUGUGCGCCAACAGAGCCUCCUCCUGGGGUGGUGCUCGCUCCAUGAUCAACCUCCUGGGGAUAACGGGACACGGCAUCCCCUGGAUUGCGGGGACGCUCAUCUGCCUGGUGAAGAGCAGCACGCUGGCAGGCCAAGAGGUCCUCAUGAACCUGCUGCUAGCCCUGCUCCUGGACAUCAUGAUUGUGGCUGGUUUGCAGAAGCUGGCCAAGCGGAAGGGUCCGUACGACAUCACCCCUGGCUUGUUGGACUACCUGACCAUGGACACCUAUGCGUUUCCAGCCGGGCACGCCAGCCGGGUGGCCAUGCUCUCCAAGUUCUUCCUCAACCACCUCGUCUUGGCCAUCCCUCUCCGGAUCCUGCUGGUCCUCUGGGCUUUCUGUGUGGGCUUUUCCCGCGUCAUGAUCGGACGGCACCACAUCACAGAUGUCCUGUCUGGCUUUGUUUUCGGCUACUUACAGUUCAGGCUGGUGGAGUUGAUAUGGAUGUCUUCCAACACGUGUCAGAUGUUGAUAUCCAUCUGGUGAACACGGGGGACUAGAUGCCUUUCCACUGGAAACUAGUAGAUACUUGAAGAGUCUCCCUCCCAGUGUUUUCUACGUGUUGUUUGUUGGAAGCAGUUGUAGCUUCCAUGAGUAGUGGCGUUUUUUAAUGUUGCUUCCCCACUUGACAAAAAAAUAAUGUUUCUUGCAAUGGAUUGGGUUUUAGCAAUCAAGGGCCAUACCUGUGUUUUGGCCAUAUUCUCAAGCUGUGUUUGGACAGCAACCUAAUUUAGCUUUAUGGGUGAGAGAAACGAGCUACAUGGCUGCAUAUGGGUGGUUGACAUCAGCACCUUGAUGUGUCCUCAGGAGAGGCAGCGCCUGAGAGCUUCCUGAGAACACGUUCAUUAACUUUUUUGAUGCUAAACAAUUUUGGCCACAGUGCUUUUUCCUUUUGUAAGCCCAGGAGUGUGUCUUGUACAGAGUCAGGACACUGCCAGCACUUCACAGAUAAUAAAUAAUCAGAAAAAUCCUGCCCUGUUUGGUUCUUAUCACGAGGGAAGGGACAAAAGCCAGUUCAGUGUAGCUUUGAGAUAUGCAUUCAACUCGGAGCAGGUCCUGACCGAAGGGAUGCAAAUGAUCACUUAAAUGGUUUGCUUUGCAUGGGAUGGACCUAGAUGGGUGCUCAGAAUGACGAAGGUGGCAUGUUGAAACCAGCCUUUCAUCUACUGUUCAAAAAUCUGCUCUGUGAGGGUUGUGAGGAGGAGUUGGUCUGGUAAAGGACAAAUGCAAGUUGUCCAUUUCUGUCCUAGUAGGGAGUAAUUGAAUAGGCAUUGUGCUGAGUCGUGGUGAUUUUGCAAAGCAGGUCUAGGUACACAGCAAAGAGUCUUUGUGGCCAUGAUUUUAUAAUGAUGCAAAAUGAUGGUGUAGAUGGGAAUUUCCGAGAACCCUCCAGUUCUCUGUGGUUUCUGUCUUAAGAAGAGUUUGAUGUUUGGCAGGUGAUGGACACUAGACUCAGCACGUGGAUGCAUCCUGCAGAAUGAAGGGAUCCCAUCAUCCAUGUUCUCCUGUCUAUCCCAAGUGAGCAAAAUGCACCCAGCAAGGCCAAGGAGCAACCAGCUGCGUCUUGUACACAUCUAUCUGUGUGUCUUGGGGAGCCUCUUCCUACAGGGGCUGCUGGUGAGAAGGAGACAUUCAGAUAAUGACUGUUGCAAGCUGCUAACAUUCGUUGCACUUUGAUAAUUAACACGAAAAGAAGCUAAACAGAAAAUCUAUCCCUGGCAUGUGUCUCCAGCUGGGAUGUGAGCACAGAGCCCUGGGAGCUCCUGCGCUGCCAGCUCCAAGGCUGGAGCAGAAGCUUGAUGAGGAGAACCACUGCGUCCUUCAGAGAUGAGCCUCCCAUGGAGCUCCCUGGGGUGGGCUGUGUGAAGGUCCCAUGGGAAGGGCUGUCACUGAGUGUGCUCAGGGAAAGGGAGAGCUCUGGGGCUUGCUGGUUAUCCCUGAAGGCUGUGGGUUGGUGCUGCAGCAGGCGGAGCAGUGGGGGGGUGGUCGGUGCUGCCACAUUCUCCUGUUGCUUCUUGUUUAAACGGGGCGGGAGCAGAGACAUGGUGCUGCGCCUGUCCUCCAUCAGGGGUUUUCUUUGCCAGCCUCCUUCUCCUGCAAAAAUGUAUGUGAAGAAG